UGGGUAUAAAACCACAGAAAAACUGUUGUCUGAUUUACACCGGAGAAAAAAGAUGAUGCGUCUGGCCCUUGUUCUCCUGUUGGCUGCCACUGUCUACGGCUGUGGAAAUCCCACCUACUCUCCCACUACCAAAGUGGUAAAUGGUGAGGAUGCAAAAGCAUACAGCUGGCCUUGGCAGGUUUCUCUGCAGUACCUAAGUGGAAGUAGCUACUACCACACCUGUGGUGGAACUCUUAUCGCUCCCAACUGGGUCAUGACAGCUGGACACUGCAUUUCGUCUCGCAACACCUAUCGUGUUGUGCUUGGUGAGUACGACCUCACAAAGGUUGAGAACAAUGAGCAGAUCUUCGGUACGGCUGACAUUAUUGUGCACCCCAGCUGGAACAGCAACUGCGUGGCUUGUGGUAAUGACAUUGCCCUGAUUAAGCUCGAGAGAAGUGUCAUCAUCAAUGACAAGGUCCAGCCAGCUUGUCUCCCUGACCCUGGAGCUGUCCUGCCCAACAACUAUUCCUGCUACAUCAGUGGAUGGGGAAGACUUUACACCAACGGGCCCCUGCCCUCAAAGUUGCAGCAGGCUCUCUUGCCAGUGGUUGACCACAGUGUGUGCAGCCGCAGUGACUGGUGGGGCAGCUCCGUCAAGACCACCAUGGUGUGUGCUGGAGGGGACAUCAAGUCUGGGUGCAAUGGGGACUCUGGUGGACCCCUGAACUGCAAAUCCAGUAAUGGGCUCUGGUACGUCCAUGGCGUGACCAGUUUUGUGUCUUCUUAUGGGUGUAACACCAUUCAGAAACCAACAGUCUUCUGCCGUGUCUCUGCCUUCAUCUCCUGGAUCAAUGAUACCAUGACACGCUACUGAAAAAAUUAUUCAAACAAUCUGAAUACAGAUCUUAAGCAAUAAAUGGUUCUGUAAGAAA